CCCGAGAAAACAACCAUGCCUGAGACAGGAGGAAAAGGAGCACCGAAGAAGGGAAGCAAGAAAGGAGCGCCCAAGGCCGCCGGGAAAGGCAAGGGGAAGAGGAGAAAGAGCAGGAGAGAGAGCUACGCCAUCUACGUCUACAAGGUGCUGAAGCAAGUCCACCCAGAUACUGGGAUUUCCUCCAAAGCUAUGGGUAUCAUGAAUUCUUUCGUCAGUGACAUCUUUGAGCGCAUAGCAGGUGAGGCCUCCCGCUUGGCUCACUACAACAAACGUUCCACCAUUACGUCGAGGGAGAUCCAGACCGCCGUCCGCCUGCUGCUACCUGGUGAGCUGGCCAAGCACGCCGUGUCUGAAGGAACCAAGGCUGUCACGAAGUAUACCAGCUCCAAGUAAACGACUGCUCUGAUUUACCACAACCCAAAGGCUCUUUUAAGGGCCGCCCACUUUAUCUGUAAGGGAUGAAUCCUCUCCAGUUGACUGUUGUGCUUUGGUUGUAACGCAACAAUUAUUGUAAAAGGCUGAUAAAAUGCGAGCCCUGAAAUGAAUAAUAGAAUACGAUUACAUACUUAAUAUCAGUUUAUAGAUGAUUACCUGACUGUGAAAGUGUGCCUGUUGUACUGUGAAUAAAGAAACACUCAACUAAA